AUUGUUUGGUCGCGCAAUCGCUUUGGCAUUCAUUGCGCGCGCGCUCUCUCUCUUCGUCAGUGUUUUUCUCCAUUUUCUGUUUGCAAUCGAUUUGAGUUCUAAUUUGCGAUGUUUUUCAUGGAAGCGCUGUCUUGAGGCCGCGUUUCGUCCUUUUGAAGACUUUUCGAGGAACAGUCGGUCUGGAGUUGUGCGCGAGAAUGGGAUGCGCGAUGUCUGCAGAGGAAAGGGCGGCUUUGGCCCGAUCCAAACAGAUUGAGAAGAAUCUUAAGGAAGAUGGGAUUCAAGCCGCCAAAGACAUUAAACUGCUUCUUCUGGGCGCCGGAGAGAGCGGAAAGUCGACAAUUGUCAAACAAAUGAAAAUCAUCCACGACUCGGGAUUCACUCCCGAAGACUUCAAACAGUACAAACCGGUCGUCUACUCGAACACCAUUCAGUCAAUGGUGGCCAUUCUGCGCGCAAUGCCGAACCUUGGUCUCGCGUUCGGCGGGAAUGACCGCGACCAAGACGCCAAGAUGGUGUUCGACGUCGUGUCGCGUAUGGAAGACACGGAGCCCUUUUCCGACGAACUGUUGGCCGCAAUGAAGCGUCUUUGGGUGGAUAUAGGGGUUCAGGAGUGUUUCGGACGUUCCAAUGAAUACCAACUCAACGAUUCGGCAAAAUAUUUUCUGGACGACUUGGACCGAUUGGGACGCAAAGACUAUAUGCCGACGGAACAGGAUAUUCUGAGAACAAGAGUUAAGACCACGGGAAUCGUCGAAGUCCACUUCUCCUUCAAAAACCUCAACUUCAAGUUGUUCGACGUCGGAGGUCAAAGGUCGGAACGCAAGAAAUGGAUCCAUUGCUUCGAAGACGUGACGGCUAUUAUCUUUUGCGUUGCAAUGAGUGAAUACGAUCAGGUGCUUCACGAGGACGAGACCACGAAUCGAAUGCAAGAAAGUCUGAAGCUUUUUGACUCCAUUUGUAAUAACAAGUGGUUUACCGACACUUCGAUUAUUCUUUUUCUCAAUAAAAAGGAUUUAUUCGAAGAAAAGAUCAAAAAAUCUCCGCUUACUAUCUGUUUUCCCGAAUAUACCGGCGCGCAAGAGUACGGAGAAGCCGCGGCCUACAUUCAGGCGCAAUUCGAGGCGAAGAACAAGUCGACCACCAAAGAGAUCUACUGUCACAUGACGUGCGCCACCGACACCACGAACAUCCAGUUCGUGUUCGACGCGGUCACUGACGUCAUCAUUGCCAAUAACCUUCGCGGUUGUGGUCUUUAUUAAUCUUUAUUAAUCUCUCGAUUAGUCUCAAGUCAUUCGUGUCUAAACAUUAACCGAACUUUUAUUCAAUAAAACUU